AUGGGGAUAGAAAAUGCGGAAGAACCAAAUUCUUCGGAGCCCUUAAUUAAUCCUACCGAUUCAAAUAGAGUAACAAAUGCACCAGAACCAACACUAAGGACUUCGAUUAUUCAUGCUUGUCUUACUGCCAAUUCUACAACUUUAUACACAUACGAUGAUCCGAACUUUGCUCCACUUCUAAACAUUAACUAUGCUGAGCUUGUUUCAAGUAACAUUGGAGCGAUAAACUCAUUACCUGAGAGCAGGGCUGACAAUUAUAAUGUUUCUUCCUACUUAAUGACAUACAAGAAUGACCAAAGAGAGGCGGAAGGGAAAAUCGAUGAUAAGAAAAAGGACAAGUACAUAAAACUUGUACUUUAUUACAACAAGAAACUAAUGAAAAAUAACGACCUGAUUACGUUGGUUAUUCUUUGCGGAGACGAAAUGCUAAAGAGUUUCGUAUACAAUCUUAUGGAUAAAAUUAUGUUUACCUAUCUGAAUGCCUAUUACGAAUCACCUGGACUGACAGCCAACAUGACAACCACCACAAAUUUCGAGUUCAAGAUCAGAAUGAGAGAUAUAAUAAUGGGUGAGCAAGACAAACUUAUCACUUUAACGCAGAACUACGGAGCCGUAAAUGGUGACCUUACUCAUAUUCGUGAAAUUAUGAAUAGUAACAUAGAUAAGAUAUUGGAUCGUGGCCAAUCUUUAGACACAUUGAUAGAUAAGACACAGAAUCUUAACACUUCAGCAAACUCUUUUAGACGUACGGCGAUCUCCGUCAAACGAAAAUUCUGGUGGUCCAAUGUGAAAUCUAUAUUUAUCACAUGUUUAAUCGCCACCAUUGUUCUUUAUUUUCUCAUAGGCCUUGAGUGCGGACUUCCAUUCUACAACAAAUGUGUCCAUCCAUCUCCUCCACAUCAGCCAAUACAUUCCCAUCCCCCUAAAUAA